AUGGACAAGACGUCCAAGGAUUCGCAGUCAAAGCCUGACCAGGCAGACCAGAAGCGCGAAAAGCAGAAUGCGCCCAACGACACCCACAAGAGUCCCAAGAAGCGCCGCAAGCUUGCGUCUAUUGUCGACGAUCUCUUCCGAACUGGCCAUGCCGUGGGACUGGUGCUCAUGCCCAUCUCUUUCCCCGGUCGCGACGCCCUCGAACGACCGUGUACACGAUGUAUUAAGCGCAAUAUCGGUCACCUCUGUCACGACGAACCGCGCGAUCCCGACACGAAAAAGCCCAACAAGGCCCUUCACGGCGCGUCUACCGUCGAUGACGCGGAGACGCAGUCGCAAUGCCAGUCUCAACCCGACCUGGCGCGCAGCUCGAUCGACCAAUCCCCAGGGGCCAUGGGGCCUCCGCCAUCCGUCGAGACUCGUCUCGAUACUAAUGGCAGGCAGGGUUCGGGCUCAGGCGCCAGGCCCGGCGCCUUUGGGAGCGCUGUUCUAGGCCAGGGGAACCCACUGCAGCUCGUGUCACCCUCGCCCGUCUCUGGCUUGCAAGGUAACGGCAUGGCCAGCGGCGGUAAUAUGAACCAAUUUGCUGGAUUCUCCGAUGCCUGGUUGACGGCACAAAACCACUACCAAGACAUGCAGAACUACCACCAGAACUACAUGAUCGCCCCCGAGGUCUCCAACGAGUUCAACCUGCUGCAUGACUUUCUCCAGACUAGCUUAUUAGAUGACGGCAACAUACUCGGCGACGAACCCCAGAGCAGCCCCGCGUUCAACCGGUCAAGCCAGGGGCAGAACGACAUGUUGCCAGGCUUCCCGAAUGCUGGUAACAGCGUAUUGCAACAGCAACAGAGGCAGCAACAACAGUUGCAGCAGCAGCAGCAGCAGCAGCAGCAGCAUGCGCGAGAGCAGCAGCAGCAGCAGCAGCAGCAGCAACACCAACAACAUCAACUACAGACACAGUCGCAGCAGCAGCAGCAGGGGUCCAUGUUGCCCCCGCCCAAUGUUGACCAAGGCAAGACCGUUGCGCGACCUAGCACUGCUAUACAGGCCGACAAGGACAAGGCUCGGGAAUACUACCUGCAAGCGGCAGAUCCGUCGGGCAACGAUACACCCGAGGAACGCAUGCAGCGCGUGCUCAAGGCCAAGUACGACGCUGGACUGUUAAAGCCAUUUGUCUACGUCAAAGGGUAUCUUCGCCUCGGCAAAUAUCUUGAUUCCCAUAUUGCCUCGGGGUCGAAACAGAAGAUUCUUCGCACAAUCGACCGUUUCAGGCCCAAGUUUAGAGAAAAGGCCCAAACCUUGACAGACAUGGAGCUCGUCUAUGUCGAGAUGUGGUUCGAAAAACAGUUGAUGGAGUACGACCGCGUGUUUGCCAGCAUGGCAGUUCCGGCGUGCUGCUGGAGGCGAACAGGCGAAAUCUUCCGUGGCAACGCGGAGAUGGCUGAGUUGAUCCACGUGCCCGUCGAGAAUCUCCGCGACGGUAAAAUUUCUUUGCACGAGAUCCUGACGGAAGAAUCGUUGGUCAGAUACUGGGAGGAGUUUGGCACCAUCGCCUUCGACCCAGCUCACGAUACACUUCUCACUGCGUGUACGCUGAAGAGUCCUGAUGACGAGGCGACCCACCCUGUUGUGCGAUGCUGCUUCUCAUUCAUGAUCCGCAGAGACGAUCACAAAUUGCCGACGCUGAUCGUGGGCAACUUCCUACCAAACGACCCUAUAGAAUCGUGA